UUUAUACAUUCACAUAUUUAUAGAAAAAGGCCUGACGUGUAAAUUUAUCAGAAUUUUUUCUGAGACAUAAAUUAUUUGAUAAUGAACAAGAAACUAUCGCCGGAGGAUGCAUUUUACGAAAAUUUGACAUUGGGCCUUAUAAGGACCCUCUCCAGUGUUCCAAGGGUAUGUAAUGUGACUCUGGAGCGCCGGCAGCCACUGAAUGCCUGCCAGGUGGUCAAUUGGGAGCAGAGGCACUGCGUCUACCUUCCUGAAGAUAUGAAGAAAUUCUACCUAUCCUCGGAUGGAUUUAUUCUGAACUGGAGUUAUCAGUACGCACCUAACGAUAUUCGGCGAGUGGGUCACAUCCACUUUCCACACCUGCUGCAGGUGACCCUUCUCCGGGAGAAUAUUGAAACGACUGCGAGCCACUCCAGCAAUUCAAGUGCUUUGCCCAACUCGGAUGGCCUGGGAGCAGCCAGCAGCUCGCAAUCCCUUCCAGCUCCGAUGGCCAACGGGAAGGACAAGUGGGGCAAUGCCACGCCCAUUAUAACGGCCAAGUCAAAGAUAUUCGAAAUCAACAAUGUAAACGAGGUGGCCAAGGUGUGCAUGCUGUACGAAUCCACAAGUUCCAACAAUCCCAAGUUCUAUCUGCUGGAGCUGAGCACUCUGAGCUGGCAAUUUCUGGCGGACACUUUCAGUGAGUACCUCCGCAUGGCCAUUGCCCACCUGGGACUGCCCUACUGGGAGCUGUGCUUCUCCACCUGCGGCCUUCCCUCGUGGACGGAGCAGUUGUUCCUUCUCCUGGCACCACAUCUCUUAGAGGAGCACGAACAAAGACGUGGUCGGGUACUGAAUCCGGCCUGCGAGCAUCCGUACAACAUCAUCGAUCCGAACAUUUUCCGGGGCAAACCGAAGAGCGUGGCAAAAGCGACGGCCAGCAGCACCAAACAGAACCAUAACAAGUGACUUUCGGUAGAAAAGUAAACA